CCAAAAUUUUUGACAGUCCCAAGCGUGUCAAAAAGAGUGGUUUCUGUGCUUUGGAAAAUAAAAAUAAUUGGUUUUUUAUUUGUAUUUCUUAUACAUUGAAUAUGUCUGGAAAAAGACAGGCAACAUCAAAUUUAAACCACGAAAACUGGGAUCAGGAAGAUGAGCCCGAAGAACGUGGUACAUUUCGCAAGGCCUCGGAAGACGUGCUAAAUAAUCGCGUUAUUAAGAAGGCGCGAAGAAAAGUAGCCACUGGCACCGUCGGUGCGGAUUCCACUGACGAUGGUGCCCCAAAAAGCGUGUUCAGUGGAUUUGCAGGGUUUGGGAAGGCGACCGGGUCAACGGCAUCGGCGUCUCCGUUCUCUUUCUUGACGAAAAUUUCUGCACCUCCCGCCGAUAGCACAAAUCCUACUGAUACUUCUAAAGCUACUCAACUAUUUUCCUUUGGUACCGUUGGUAAAACGUCUUCAUCCUUUGAUAAAAAAGAUACUACGUCUGUUGAAAAUGGUAACAAUGCGAAAGGAAAGACGAAUGAUAACAUAGGAAAAUCGUCAAGUUAUCAAAGCAAAAUAAGAUGUUUAAACCAAGCUGUAAGCGAAUGGAUAAAGACACACGUUGACCAAAAUCCCCUCUGCAUUCUUUCACCUAUUUUCAAGGACUAUGAAAAAUACCUCAGUGAAAUAGAAGAGGAAGAGAAAAGUGUGGAGAAACUUCAGACUAAUAUUGAAAUAACAGAUGAUAAAAAAAUUACCUCAGAUGCGGCGCCAUCAGUGGGUAAUUUUAAAUUUUCUUUAUCUCCGGCUAAAUCUAGCACGACCAUUGCCUCGACAAGUACUGCAGGGCCAAAAUUUUCCUUUGGCCCUACUUCUCCGCCAGAACCUACAUCAACUUCUUCGACUAGUACAGCCAAUAUAUCUAAAUCGGCUACUGACAAAAAUAACACAAAUACUUUUAGUUUCGGUAUAAAAACUCCAGAAAACCAAAAAACAGAAGGUGAUGCGAAAACCAUUUCCGCUCCUAAAGGUUUUAGUUUUGGAUUUAAAAGCGAUGAUAAACCAUCAUCAACGCCAUUCACAUUUGGUAAACCGGCAGGAACCAAUGAGGACUCAGCCAAAAACAAACCGGGGUCAUUUAGUUUUACUCCAGGCUCUACCCCAUUUAGUUUCGGUAAUAUAAAGCCACCAACUGCAAUUGCUGCCUCCACUUCUGAGGAUGUCAAUGAAGCAGAUGAUGAAGAUCAACCACCAAAAGUGGAAUUUAAACAGGUUGUGGAGGACGAUGCUGAGUAUUCGAAAAAAUGCAAAGUUUUUGUUAAGAAAGAUGGGACAUUUGUUGAUCGUGGUGUUGGGGUAUUGUACUUAAAACCCGUGAAAAACUCUGAGAAGACACAAUUGCUAGUUCGAGCGGAUACAAAUCUGGGGAAUAUUCUGGUGAAUCUAAUUUUAAGCGAGGGUAUACCAACUCAACGUAUGGGCAAAAAUAAUGUGAUGAUGGUGUGUCUACCUACACCAGAUGUAGAAAAAGCUACGUCGAUGCUAUUGCGUGUUAAGACGGCAGAAGAAGCUGACGAGCUAUUGGCAGAAUUAGAGAAACGCAAAAAAUAAAAUAACUAUUUUCAAAUUGUUAUAAAUAUCGGUUGUAUUAUUUAUUUGGCUUGCAAAAUUUUAACAAUUUUACCAAUAAAAAUAAUAGCGCACA